AUGGUUAUGAAGGCCAUCAAAGAAUCGCGAAUCAUUGUUUUCUAUGAGAACUACGCUUCGUCACAAUGGUGCUUGACAGAGAUGGCAAAGAUUAUGGAGUGCAAGGAGCAAGAGAACAUCACUGCUCUACCAGUGUUUUAUAAAGUGAAUCCAAAUGAAGUGAGAGGGGGUAGAAAGAGUAAUAAUAUUGCUAUUGCUAAGCAUGAGUCCAAGUUGGGGAAAGAUUCAAAGAAAUUGAAGAGAUGGAAGGAAGCUCUUCUUGACGCUGGUAACUUGUCCGAGUGGCAUUUGAAUGAUGGAGAUGAUGAGUCAAAGCUUAUACAAGAAAUUGUGAAGGAGAUCUCAACAACUCUCCUAGUUCCAACACCUUUACAUGUUGGUGUUGUGUCUUCGGAUGUCGGAGUUUGCUUAGAUGAUGGAUUCAUCUCAAAUAAUAUGACUCUAUAUGGCUUGCUUGAAGUGGAAUAA